AUGCAUCAAGUCAAUUCUUACGGUAUACAGAUACCUGAUGAUGGCAAUGUACCCUAUAUGGAUCCAAACGACAUCAUUACAUUGAUUAAUGCCCUACAGAAUAUGACCGUUUAUCAAGCUCAACUUGUCAUUCCAAGCUUAUCAAAAUAUUCGAUUGAUUGUCUUACGAAAAAUUUUAAAAAUGCUCUAAAAAAUCCACCAUUACCAACACCAAAUUCACAUAAAAAAGCAUUUCAGUUCACACCCGAAGAAGAUUUUUGGCUGAUUACAUUCUUAAGAUAUAAAGGAGAACAAACAUAUACAAAAGAAAGAUUUUUAACAGAUACAAUGGAAUUUGUUGGACAUAAUCAUACUUUCGAAGAAAUUAGCCAAAGAUUAAUAUAUUUAAAUGAACUAACUGCAAAGGAAAAGGAUACCGAUAUUGAUCAAAUUGCAAAAAAUGUUCUUGAUGAAGAAAUGUUUUAUUUAUCUACAGAACAAACAGAAGAAAUGCGCAAAAAUGACAUAGAGUCUAGAGACCUUAUGCAGCUUCGUUGUAAUUACGCUCCUGAUUGCAAAUUAAAUCCCCAUUCAGAAAUAAAUAUGAUAAUUAGCCAAAGCCAUGUUGAUUUACCAAUCUUAACUACAUUUGAUACGCUAAGCGCUAUGAAGGCCAAUGAUUUGGCCGUUUUAAGAUCAAUUAACGUUGCAUUUCCAAUUAGGAGAGAAGCAAUUGUUCUCGGAAGGAAUCAAGCAUACGAUCAAGUUGAUAUAGAUUUGUCAACCAGUGGACCAUCAAGUUGUCCGCAUAUUUCAAGAAAACAAGCAAUAUUAUCUUUUCUCGAGGAUUGUUGCUUUUACAUAGAGAAUAUAGGUAACCGCGCAUUUAGAGUCAAUGGGGUACCAAUUUAUCCUGAUCAAAUGUGUAGAAUUCCUGCUUAUGCGAUAUUAGAUUUCUCUGGAGUAUUAUUUUUGUUUGUACCUAAUACAAAACUCAUUGAUGAGCUUAGUAGAUUUCUCGGUGAUAAAUAA